UCUCUGACAGGCUUUGCCCUGGUGGUGAGCUGUGACGGGAUGGUUUUCUACGCUUCCUCUACCAUCGUGGAUUAUCUGGGAUUUCACCAGGUCAGUUUAAAAAGGAUAAAUUCAGUUUAUAAAACUGUAACUUGUGUUCUUUAUGUGGACAAACAUCAAUAAAAACAAACAUAAAACAAGACAAAGAGGCCUGAACAGUGCUGCAGUGUGUAUCCAUCAGUUGUACAGAUAAUGAGCUGAAGUUUUGUGUGGUAGUAGCUGAGACUCCUCUCCAUCACAUCCUCUGAGCUCCAACACAUCAUAUAAGAUGUUUGGGUAGUAAGACUCCAGUGGGGGACGUGCAUUCCUUUAAAGUCUCCUCUUUCAAACAGUGAUCUAUAAAUAAGCAGCAGAUGUGAGCUGAAUGUUGUCAUGGGAAUGAGCCGAAGCCUCUCUCUGAGGACUUCUGCAGAUGUUGUGUAAAACAAGUGCAGGUCCUUCAUGUUUUCAUUCAAUUUGUGGACUUUGAUUGAAUUAAACAUCAGAGGGGACCUCCGGUUUAGACCACCUGUCUUCUACCAGCUUGUAAAAUAUAUUAAAGAAAAAAACAUUCUGCCUUUAAAUUCAGCUUCAAAAAACCAUUUGUCACUGAAGCACUUAGUCUUUGAAAGUCAGUAAAAAUAUUAUUGUUUCCCCCUUUUUAAAAAGUUUUUCACAAGAGCUAAAAACAAUAGUGAGUGGAUCUGUUUGUGGGGAACCAGACCGCAGGGCCGAGUGUUUGCAAAGACGGUGGGACCAGACUGUUUUCAAAGGCAGGCGAUCAAAAAGCCUCGCGUGCCUCCAGAGUGGAAAUUAUGGAGAGCAGGAGGAGGGAGGAGGCUCAGCAUUUUGGGGAGGAAUCUGUCAGGGAGUGACAGAAAGCAAAGCUGCUGCUGGA